AUGAAACUCGGAACAACAUUUCAGGUUGUUGCGCGUUUCGAGAAAAAGCUUGUUCGUCACCUCCGCGUGCUGGAGCCCACGCCUGGUCAUGCGAAGUACCUUCCUCAUCGUCAUCCUCGCCCAGGCCCACCCCCCCGGAAAGGGGAUCCUUGGCCUCUGGGGCUGCGUGCGGGUGAUGUCUAUUACAUGAUGAUCAUGACGGAGCCCCGCGGUAAUUCUGCAUGGCAAAAUUAAAGAACGCAGGUCAAAUCAUGUAACAGCAAACAAGACCACGCUUGAGGGUUCCAUAUCCGGCGACAUAGGGUUGCAGGUCCGAAACGGGCCCCUUUUUCGAUGCCA